UUGAAUACAAAUAGGCUAAAACCAGUGACGGCACACCAGCCAAAAGUGCAAGAGAACAGUACGAGGAAUGGCUUGGUGAGCAAAAGAAGGCCUUUAUAAGGGCCUUAUUGCAACUUAUAGGCACCGAGGACACGUCACGGCAGGUGGCUGGGUUACAGAUGUGUAUGCAAUGGGUCGAAGUAGAGGCUCAGAAACUCACACAGACGAGCACACACGUGUUCCCGAAUACACUAUUUCUGAGGGUGGUGGAUGCUAUGACUAUAAACGACAACUGCAGCGAAGCGCUGGUUCGGGCCUUCACGAAAGGGUUCCUGUUAAAAUAUGACGAUGUUCGGUACUACACACUCAAGAACCUGGCGCUGACUAUGAAGAAACUGGAGGAUUCGGGCGAGAGCGAGGCCUCUGCCCUGGUAACGAGCAGGCGUAUCUAUUCCAUCCUGUCGCCCAUUGUAUUCCCCACUGAAGUAGAAGAGUUGGACUGCUUCUUGUCCCCGCUUGCCGGACAACAACCCAAAGACGCCGGAACCACCACCGCAAACACACAAUCCAAGUCUAAGAAGCGUACCGCAGCCGAUGCCAACGAUAACGAGGCCGAUGAAAAAGCCCUCAACUUAACUGCCUUAGCCCCCCACCGCAAAGUAUUCACGGUGUGCUGGAGAGCGCUUCUGCGCCGCGCCUUGCCCUUAGAUGUCUACAAGCGCGUGCUUCUAAAGCUACACACGGACAUCAUGCCGCACAUGUCUAACCCGCGGCUAUUGAUAGAUUUCCUGACCAAUGCCUACGACCAGGGGGGUGUGGUGAGUGUGCUGGCGCUGGACGGUCUGUUUGUGCUAAUGACCCAGCACAACCUGGACUAUCCCGACUUCUACGUCAAGCUGUGGCGCAUGUUUGACCACGAGAUAUUUGUGGUCAAGCACCGAGAUCGCUUCCUCAAGCUGGCAGAUACUUGCCUGAACUCUCCCUUGCUACCCGGAUAUCUUGUGGCCGCAUUUCUGAAGCGUCUGGGGCGCCUGGCACUGAGGUGCCCGCCAUCGGGGGCGGCGUAUAUCAUGCCGUUGAUGUUCAAUAUGAUGCAACGGCAUCCUAAUUGCAUGGCCCUUAUACACCGCGAAAAGAGCGACGGGACUGAUCCGUAUAUAGAGGACGCUGGCGAUCCGAAGAACUGCCAAGCCAUUGAAAGCUCACUGUGGGAGUUGGAUGCUUUAUUCCAACACCAGGUGCCGAGUGUUGCGAAGUUUGCGGAACAGUUCAGUGAUGUGUUCAGCAAAUCAGCCUUUGAGGUGUCUGAUUUUUUGGAGAGUGAUGCGGCGAUGAUUCAGGAUGAACUUAAAAUCAGGGUACGAGGCGACGUACCGUUAGAGUACCAGAAGCCAACCGGACUCAUUGGUAGUGACGAGCACUCAGCUGUGGUCAGCAUGGGCUGGACUUUCUAGUACACAUACACACACACAUAUAUAUAUAUAUAUAUAUAUAGAUGAAUGAAUAAAUAGAUGGUAAAUACA